AUGAUCAGCUGCGCGCGCCCCAUCGGGAGCUUGAACGAUCUGUUUGACGAAGACGAAAAGAAGGAACAAGAAGAAAAAAUAUAUUUCAACGAAUUGAAUGUUCCUAUAGAAAUAAUUAAUCGUUUAGCAGAAUUAGGUGUUAUGUACCCAUCUCAAAUACAAUCCUUAACAUUGAAAAAGGCAUUUAAUAAAAAUAAUAUGAUCAUUCAGUCUAAAAAUGGUACAGGUAAGAGUUUUUCCAUUUGCAUAAUUUUGGCUAGUCAGCUAUUCUUAAAAAUGAAAGAGAAAAAAAAAAAAAAAAUGCACACACGUGUACAGGAAAAAGUGCCCGCAAAAAUUGAAGAACAAAUUCAGAAAUGUAAAAAUAUAAUGAGUGAAAAGAGUGGAGAUACAUCCGAUAAACAAACGGAUAGGAAUUCUGUAGAGGCAUAUCCUAAUGAAAAAAAUCAUUUUCAUCAAAAUUUCAAUGUUUUUCAUUUUUCUUUAUGCUUCUACGGUGUGAUACUUGUUCCUACGCGUGAACUAUGUGUGCAACUUUAUGAUAAUAUGAAUAAAAUUUGUAAUUAUUUAAUAUUUGAGGAAAAGGAUUCUAAGGACAAUCAUUCAGACAAAAUAAAUUGGUAUAAUAAUAAACCCUCUACUCUUAGCAGCUCAAUUGAAGGAGAACAAAUGCAAAUUGAUAUAAAAACGAAUAAUGAGUUUUUUAAAAUAAAGUCUAUAAUAUUAUAUGGGGGAACUAACGUUUUUGAAAAUAUAAUAAAUAUGUUUACAUUUUUACCAAACAUUAUUAUAUCCACACCUGGACGAUUAAAACAUGUUUUGAGUAUAUUUGCAAAAUUAAGAAUGCACAUAAAAAAUGAAUAUUACUCUGAUAAGAAUGUUAAUGAAUAUUUCGAAAUUUCUUAUUUAAAUAUUCUGAACGUUUUACUUAAAAAAUUAAUUAUUGAUGAAAUGGAUGCAUUACUAGAAGAUCAAUUCCACGAACAAAUGAAAAUCAUUCUCAAAUGUUUAAUAACUCCUCGAACACAAGUCCUGUGCUACAGCUCUACUUAUCUUGAGUAUGCAAUAAGCUCCUUUGUUAAAAAUGUAGACGCAUAUGAUCAUAGUUACCUAUCCAGGAUCAGUACCAUCCGGGUGGAACAGCCACAGGAGAUGCCUGCAAAGAAUACGUAUACAGAAAAGGAUUACAUAACUAAUGAUUUCUCGAACAAUGCUCACCAUAUAAGUGAUACAUGUCCAGUGUGCAUCAAUGAUACUGAAGGAGGAGGAAGCGCCGUUCGGGGGGAUCAAGAGGAGAAAAUAUUGCAGAAAUGCGAAAAAGGGUGUGAACAAAAUUGCGCAGAAAAGUAUGAACAGAAUUGCUUAAAUACGGAGGUGCAAAACGUGUGUGCAAAUUUUGCGCCUACUGGGGCUGAAAAAAAAGCUGAUAUUGUUAUAACAGCAACUAGCGAAAAGGGAAGAUAUGCAAAGGAUAGUCCGAAAAUCCGAAAAGCAGACAUAUGUGAAUACGACAGUAGCAACGUCAUAUGUGCGAAAAACUUGGAAAAAAUAUUGCAAGAUGAAAGUAUUUUAAACAAGAAGGGAGUCAUUCAGUAUGUUAUAAGAAAGCUAAUUAAGGAAAAACAAAAGAUACCCAUUUAUGCUAAAAGAAAGAGAGAAUUUGAGUUUAUUCAAGCAUGUACAUCUGUCAUUAUUCACUCCAAAAGAAGAAGAGAAAAGGGUAAGAGGAAGUACACCACUGUCAAAGAAACUGAAAAUAAGGAAAUGACUGAGCCUUUUAUGGAGAAUGCUACCUCGGUAGGUAUGAAAAAUGUGGAAAAAUCAGAUGAAGGAGACAAGAGCUUACAUCCAAUUGUAGACAUAGAAAAUGAAAAGUUUUUCCAAGUGUUUAAAUCAAGUAAGGACAACCCGAGUGAACAAUUAGAUUCACCCGUUCUGCUGAACAUAAAGCAUUGUUUUAUUACAAUAAAUAAUGAAAAUUUGAAUAAAAAAGAGGAAUUAAAAUAUAAAAUGAAAGUAUUAUUAAAAAUAAUUAAAGAGAUAAAAUUUAAUCAAUGCUUUUUAUUUAUAAACAACACAUAUGAGGGUAUACAAAUUACAAAAAUGUUAAACAAGUAUAACAUUUCGUCUUAUUAUACUAGUUCAAGAAUUGAACACAAUGAAAGAAUUGAACUUUUCAAAAAUUUUAGAAAUAAUCAAUUAAAAAUAGUUGUAUGUACGGAUGUAAUGAGUAGAGGAAUAGACAACAUUGUAUGUGACUUGGUUAUAAAUUUCGAUAUUCCACAAAGUAAAGAAACGUAUAUUCAUAGGUCAGGCAGAUGUGGUAGAUAUGGGAAAAAAGGUCUGUGCAUAAGUUUAUGUAAUUAUUCUGACUACAAUUAUUUAUAUUAUUUUAAAUAUCAGCUAAAAUUACAUGUUCAUGAUUUUCAUUAUAUUUGCAACUCAUUAAAGAAUAUGGAAGAAACUCAGAAAAGUUGUAGCUCAUAUGUGGACAGAGCAGAUGGAUGUGAGGAAGUAGUAAAAUGCAAAGAAGAUGAAAAAGAUGGUACAGUUUGUUACUCGGAUGGUCUUGUCCCUGCAUGUAGGAGUAGUGGAAAUAUCUUUUGUGAGGGUACAAACAGGUGGUCCAUUGAAGAGGACCAUGCAGGAGAGAGUUACUUACAUAACGGGGAAGCAACUAUGACGGUAGUUAGCGGAGUGGGCUAUUCAGAAACAAAAGCAGUGAAUGAGCAAGAAGCCAAAGAAGUGGGUAGGGAAAUGGUUCAAGGAGGGUAUUCCCCAAGCAACAUCCUUAUCUCUAAAUCGUCUGAAGAGGAUAUGGGGAAGGAAACCCAAGAAUAUUGGCAAAAUAAAUAUAAAAAUAAGAUGAGAAGGUCCAUUAAAAUUUUCAUAAAAGGUUUUUAUGCAAAAGACGUAAACAUAAUUGAAAGGAAAGAUAAGAACACUAGUGGCGUUUAUUUAAAAAUAUAUUUUAAAAAGCUAGUAACAAAAUUAAAAAUUGUAAAAGACCAAGUAACAUUUUAUUUUUUAUUACCAAAUGACAAUAUAAAUUUUUUUGAAAAUAUUAGUAUAAUUCCACAUGAGUCUAGCUUAAUUAUAUAUUUCCAUUUUUAUAAAAAAAUAAAAAUAUAUUACAGGAACUUUUACCGAUUACAUGUUUUAAAUAUGAAAAAAAAAAGGAAAUAUUAUGAAUCAAAUUUUUGCUUAUUCUUUUUUUGCAACUCAAAUAAUUACCUAGUUUUAAAACUUUUUUAUACUUUGCUUUUUUUUUUUAAAUAUUAUAAAUAUCCACUUAAAGAGCAAAUUGCACCUAUUUUAUUGCAUGUUCAGGCAAAAAAAAAUAAAAAGGCAGAGAAGAAGACGCGAGGGGGGAGGCGCAACAAAUGGAAUUCAUUGGCAAAGGUCAACUCGAGGAGGAAGUACAAUUAUGCUUCGGAUAGCUUCUUAUUAUUAAAUCAAAUGCAGAAAAAAAGGAACAGGCGAAGAGGGUACGAAACGGAUGGAUUGGAUGAAAAUAUUUCAAGUCUUAUGCAGGAAAAAGAAUUAAAAGGAAGAAGAACUCUUGAUGAAGCACAUUCCCCUCCUUCUCAUCAUCUUCCAAACAACAGCAAUGACAAAUUGCAUCAUUUGAGUGGCAAAUCACUUAACAUAUUAAAUUGUAGUGACUUCCCAAUUGACAUUUUGGACUAUAAUAUGCUAGCCAAAAAGGAAGACAUAAAAAUUAAUACCUUAUUAUUGGAAAAUGUUCUGAACAGUUCAUGUGUUAAUACAUAUGAAAAAAAUAUGUUAAGGAAAUUUUCUGACAAAUGUAAAGAAAUAUACUGUAAAAAUGAUGAUCAGGAAAUAGUUAAAAAUAUGAACAAUAUAAUAUCACUACAAAUUUUCCUCAAUUGGAAUAUUAAUGAAAAUGCAAAUGCGCUCAAGAGCAUUUUUUUGCAAAAUCAUGUACAGUUGCACGCUGACAAUUGA